AUGGGGGAAAAAACGAAGGCCGACCUAUCGAAUGGCUUCGAGUCUCGUGGAAAGCAACAUCGUUCUCAGCAGAUUCACGCUACAAACGAGACAAAUCAGUCAAGACAACAACAACAACAACAACACAUUGAAGAACGAUCUGACUCUGUGCCAGUAUUACUUACUCACCAGCCGUAUCACGACAAUAUAGUAAUCGAUAGGGUACAGUUUUUACCACAGGGUACAGCACAGACAAUUCCCGUACACGCAGCUCAAUUUGCACCCGAAUACAUAAUAGCCGCGACCGGGGAAUCCUUACAAUAUUCCCAAAUUCACGGUAAUAUGUACAAUCCCAGUCAGGGUCAAUACGUUUCGCGAGAUCUUAAUUUGCGAGAUUCGAAUCUCUAUACGCAAAAUGUGGCGUUGGCCGCUGCUCAAGGUAGUUAUGUUCAGCAAGUGUCGCAGCCUCAAAUGUCCUCGACGACCGGGCAUUACACUAAUAAGGGCAUCUCGCUUCCACCUUCGGUCACUGCUGGAUACGUUCAUUUUGCACCACAGAUUCAUUACAAUCAGUAUCCGCAAACUAUAGUAAAUACAACGCCAUACAAUUCCCAACAAAAUAUCUAUCCUCAGCCGUAUAAUCAACAAAUUCAGCAGUCAUCGUCCGCCCAGCAUUCGCCAAAUCCGCAAAGAUUUUCACAAGAGUUAACGCAAUACCAGGGCCAGCCCAUUAUACAGCCGAUUGCACAAAAUAUCGGUCAUGCACUUGUAUCCUGUAAUAAUGAAAGGAGCUGCUCUCGUGGACCCAAGCCCAUGGUUCCACCGCGCGGAAAUUCCAAAAUUACUCACGAAUCUGGGCAUCGGAAAUCCGCGAGCAUAGACGGGCCGACGGGACAGAAAGCCAAGGUGGCCGAGAACAAUGUCAGCGAUGAGCAGCAAGCGGCCCAGCAAGAUUUGCAGCAUCAACAACUAUGCGCGGGUCUUGAUAAUCAAGAUAAGCGAUAUCUGGUCGCUAUCAAUCAAAUUCCGCGCACGAGACAAGAUGGACUGUACGUGGAUGCAAAUGGAGAAUCAUCGAGAGAUCAGUCGGUUGGCAAUGACACGGGAAAUACGGAUUGUGGACUCUACGUCUCCAGAAUGGAGCACAGGAAGUCGGCUUCGGUAGACGUGACCAAUAGCUUUUCGAGGCGUAACGAUACGCUAACCUUCGCAUUCCCUUGCGACAAUAACAUCCAGCAGGACUCGAUGUUGUUAACUACUCGUAAAUCAAUUGCUAGUGUAAAUAUUGGCGACAACAAAGCAAUCGACGUUAACGCCUCAAAUUUUCCUGCGGAACAAAGAAGAUUUGACGUGAGCUCGGGACUGCGCGUGUCACCCAUGCCUGUCCUACCUCCCUUAACUGUCGUGCCCAAAGGCAUUUUAAUAAGUGGAGAUAGAAAAUCAAUGGAGUGGACAAAUAUGAGUCCUAAUCAACGUAUUGGUAUUCCUCAAGAGAAUAGACGAUCGGAUUAUUUGGAUGAGCAUCGACGGUCGCCCAUGACGAACGAUGGCAAGCGAUUCGAAGAAAUCCGUAGAUCCCCGAUGGCUUUCGUACCGAUACGCGAUACAAAUACUCCAGAUCGCAUUAAUCAGAAGAGCCCGAGUAAUUUGACGAAUCAGAAUUUUGAGAAGACAAGAGCGGAUCUAGCGAUGUGGAAAGAACAACGACAAAGGCAGGAAAUCGAGGGCCGAAUAAUGCAGAGUCGCGAAAUCUUCUCCACGAGUCCGCGCUCUCGCAAUUCAUCCGAGGAACGGCGAACCGAAAGUAGAUUGUCAGCAUUUCAACCAAUAGCGAAUAUUAGUCAAAGUUCAAUAAUGGAGCAGCGCCGCCAUUUGCGUCACGUGAGUGCCGAUCUUACGAAGCAUAUGGAUCUCGCGCGAAAGGAAUUCGACGAGCAGCAAUUAACGGGCUCGGUUAUUAAUCUUGGCACGACAUCGACAACCACACCUGUCACCAAUGUCGUCUCGCAGCGUUCGAGCCCCAAUGUUUGCUACCAAUAUUCCGCUCUCAACGACGCGAAACUCGAUGCAAAAGUGGCAUUAACAAUUGUCACGGAUUUCAACGACGCGCCGCCAAAGCCGUACGAUAAUGUCGAUCAUAUUAUCCACAGUCAUCGUAAGAGUCAAAAUUUAUCGGCAACUAUUAGCAAAAGCCAAGAUAAUGCGCAAAAUCAUUCGGAGCAAGCCAAUGAUAAGAGCGAGCCUCAACAAUCGCAGUGCCAGCAGAUAAUGCAUAAUCAACAAAGUAUCGACUUGAUAUCGGAAAAGCUCAGCCAAUGCGAGCGGCAGCAGAGUGACUUGCAGGCAAAAUUACAAAGCUUGCAGAAUCAAAACGAAAUCCUCGACAAAGUCACCCAGUUUCAAUAUCAACAAACCGAUUUACAAACCCGAAUACAUAACCUCCAAUUACAAAAUCAGAUAGCGGAAAAGCUCGGCCAGAAGCACAGCUCGGAAUUCUCACAAUUAAGUAGUCACAGCGACCAAGACGAAACGAACAAAUCAAUCCUGAAUCAAUGUAUCAACGCCUCGCGUCACCUAUACCAGCAAUCUUUAUUAACAACGGCAAAUUCUCAGCUCCAAUCAUCGGGCUACUUCAGCUCCGAGCGAGUGUCACCCCGACUACAAUACCAGCAGCAAGUCCAGGACGAAUCGGACCUCAGCAAUUCUAUCCAAAUACCAAAUAUUUCCCAAAUGCCACUGCCCAGUCUCUCGCAAUUCGAUCGUGCCGAUUUAUUGCCACGUGGCUCGCUAUCGCAACUCCAACGCGUCCAAUCAUCGUGCGAUAAUAACGAGAACAUUGCCUGCUCGCAGAUGAACAUGGCGUCAUUGUGUACCUUAAAUUUCACUGGGACAUUAAAAAAGAUUCCGCCCGAGAAGCCUCCAAGAACAUCCCUUAUUGUACAGUCGCCAGACACGGAGAGUAAUCGAAGCCAGCCGGCUAUUGGUUUGAAACACACGUCAAAGGCGAGGAGAAAAGAAAGACAGCCGGAGAUGGACGACAACGAGAUCCAAUCGACCGUGGAGUCGAUCCUCGGGCCCGACGUCAAGAUCAUCGACUGCGAGAAAAAGUCGUGCGUGAAGGAGGAGGAGGUGCUACUCAUAAACGGCGUACCCAUAACCCUCGACGAGCCCGACGGCAUCGCCAUACGCGAGGCCAUGAUAACCGGGCAGGUGCCGCCUUGCGACCUCCUCAAUCGCAUCCUCAUACGCGCUGGGAUACAGAGGGUACCAGUUCGCUUGGAGACGUCGCUGAAUGUGAAAUCGUCGGUGGUGACUAAGGAGGAGGUGACGGUCGCCCGCGACGGUAAAAUCGUGGACGAGCGGAGCCGCGAGACCAAGGAGAACAAUAGUUACUCAUCGACGACGAGCGAAAUUUGGGAGCCGAUCGGAGUGAUCCAGCGGCCCCGGAACCUCAAGCCCUUCGACAGCUCGGACGACUCGCGACCCAACUCGAAUGCGAGCUCCGAUCAAGGCUACACCACCAACACGAGCAGCAACAACGUCCUGAGAGAACGUGGCGGCGGCAAUUGCGGUAACGGCGUUAAUUGUGACAAUGGUGGCAAUGGUGGCAAUGGUGGCAAUUGUGGCAAUUGUGGCAAUUGUGGCAAUGGUGGCAAUGGUGGUAUCGGCGGUGGAGGCAGCGAUGGUGGCAACGAUGGUGGCGGUAACGGCGGACUCGGAACGAACGGCGAUGUCGCCGACUGCUGCCUGGCUGGUAUGUCCGGUCUGGGCCUCGAGGACAUGCACGAACGUAGCACCAAAGUUCACGGGGUGCACAACACGACGUCUGCGCCAACGAUCUUCGGUACUGUGGCAUCAGACCUUAAUCCAAAGGAUGGCAACAGUCGCAGGGAGCUGGUCUAUCGGGAUGGGAAUCUUGUAUCGGGCUCGCUGGACGCCCUGGUGCAGCACAUGGUGCCAACGGAGGAGUACUACCCGGAUCGGGCCUACCUCUUCGCCUUUCUCCUAAGCGCUCGCCUCUUCAUCAAGCCCCACGAACUCCUCGGCGAGGUCUGUGCGCUCUGCGAGCAUCAGCAGAAUCUCAACGGCGAGGGCGGCAAGGAGCGACUGCAUCGCUUUGUUCCACGGCUGGUGCAGCUGCUGGCCGAGUGGACGGAGACCUUCCCUUACGACUUUAGAGACGAGCGGGUGAUGGGACACGUCAGGUCCAUAACGCAAAAGGUCGCGAACGUCGACGCGGCCGCGAGACAGGAGGUCUCGGUUCUACUCCAAAAUCUUCUUCUUAAGCUCACGGCACUCGAGAGAUACGAGGAGGCACUGGCCAGAUUGGCCACUGAGGCCUCCACCGAGCAACUUACCCAGGUGGAUGUGACGGAACUUUGUCCCUUGGCUACGGUUCUGGCCCAACAACUGACACACGUUGAGCUCGAGCGGCUUUCCUAUAUCGGCCCCGAAGAGUUUGUCCAGGCAUUUGCCAAGGAAUCACCGCAUUUGGAGACAUCGUUCAAGGAUAUGAAAAAAACACGCAAUCUUGAAUCCUACGUACAGUGGUUCAACAGACUCAGCUAUUUCGUAGCGACCGAAGUUUGCAAGCACGCGAAGAAAAAGCAGCGCGUUCGAGUGGUCGAAUACUGGAUUGAAACAGCUCGAGAGUGCUUUAACAUCGGUAACUUCAAUUCACUCAUGGCAAUUAUUGCUGGACUCAACAUGUCUCCAAUAUCACGACUGAAGAAAACUCACUUUGUACGCGGCGUUGAAAUUAGCCUUUAA